CCUGGAUACAUGGAAAACCAAAAUGGCGGGCCAAGUCAUAUGAAUGUUUCGCUUUGAGAUAGUUCCUCGACAUGGAGUUUUUACUUACAUAAUGCUCUAGUCUUAACUUCUACCGGUAAGUAAGAAGUAACAUGUCAGUUCUGAAGAAAUUCACCAAAGAGGAACAUGAGAGCUCGAGGUAAGCAUGAUACAGAACAUUUUCGGUAGCUUUGAUCGAGUUAGUUUCUGAAUCCAAUGAAUGAGUUUUUAAAUUGAAAGCAUUUUGUAAUAUACGGGGAGGGUGUUGAAGCGACUUCUCGCUGUGAAGCUGACUUGAAAGUCAAAUCGUACUCUGAAGUUAGAUUUUUUCCGAAAAAGUCCUCCUACCGAGCGCUAUUAUCACAUGAUGGGUGGAGACAAGUUCCUUCUCUUAAAUGAAACUCUCUAAGAACUGACAGCUGUUUUCAGGUUCACAAUGUAAGAUGAUCAAUCAAAAAGAUCACUCGUUUUCUAAGGUAUCAGCUCAUAACUUUCUUUGCUGUUGAAACCAAACGCUCUAUAUAUGUUUGAUUAAACGAAGACUUUGAUGUAAGCUAACUACAUAUUUCAGAGAAGCCUACUUUCAUGUCGUUUCGUCUGUUAUACAUUACUUAGACUUCUAAGACUUCUUCCUGAAUGUAGUUGAAUCUUUCAUGUAGGCCAACUUGAGUGGAGUUGUAUUCUUCCCCUGACUCAAUUUAAAUGGAGCCAUUUUAAGAAACACCAGGGAGCUCUUUUCUACAAGGAUCUUUGGCUCUGUUUGAUACUGUUUCUAAACAUCUUAUUUACAAGGGGGUAGGGGUCCUUGUUUAUUAGUAAAGUUCAGGGCUUUAUAAGAAAAAUACCAUGUCCCAUAAAAUGUGUUAAAUUUAUUGUGGUAGACAAUCAAAACUUUGGUGUGGGGACACCAUGGCCAAAGGAAAAGGAUUUGACCUGGCAAUAGGGUAUCUACUUGGAUAGAAUGGACAAUCAUGUGCUCUGAGGAAAAAAUGAUACAUGUCUGAGUGACCUCAAGUUACUGAAAUUUUUAAGGAUUUAUUUUAGGGAAACCCAUUGCAUCAUGAUUUAGUUAGAAAUAGUUUUACUACAUGUACAGGGAAACAGGAUUUUGUAUACAUCAUAAUUGUCAAUUAGGUGAUAUUAAACACACCAAAUGAAAACUGAAAAAAAGGUGAUAAGAACGUUGAAAGGCAAGAAAAUAAAUAAUAACAUGGAUAACAAAACUUUUAGGGAUACAAAGAAGGGACUGAUAAGAUUUUAAAGAGGCAAAGUUGGAAUUUCCCAUUUUAGAAACUGGAUUCAGCUGUGGAUUAUGUCAUUGCCCACUGAGCUGUAUCAACCGUCAACUCUCUUUUUUCGUCUUCUGUUUUGUUGUCAUAGUGAUCAGGAAUGUCAUUUGUAUGUAGAAGCAAAAACCAAUCAAUGGCCCAUAGUGUACUCUGAUGAUUAUAAUAUUGGUUUUAUGGGCCUGGAAAGGCUUCAUCCAUUUGAUUCAGGAAAAUGGGGGAAAGUUUUUCAAUAUCUUAAAGGUAGGAAGAGGAAUCCUGUACUUUUUAUUUGUACAGACGUCCAUGAUUUGAAUUAAACUGCUUCUAACAAGUUUUACUGUAUGCAAGGCUGCAAAAUUCCUCAAAUAAUAUACAUUCAACUAUUAGUAGAUCCAUUUUGAUUUGGCAAAACAGAAAUGCAGGUUGGACAUUUUAAAUUUACCAUUAUUAUUUUUAUUACUGCUGUAGAUUUUGAAAUACUAGUAUAAUCUUGUUGCUAAAAAGAAGCUGUUUUUUUCUCUCUCCUUCACUUAAUUUCUUUACUUAUUGAAGAAAUGUUGACCAAAGGGUGGUGAAAAAUUAAGAUUUUGUCAGCCAUUUGUUAGCAAAUGUCUUUUUUUUGUGACUGUGCUAUGAUUUAUCGAAAAGUUUUUGAAAUUGUUGUGGUUGUGGGUAAAUUUAAACUCAGGCUCCUUAUUUCAAGUUGGUAAAUUUUGUGUUUCAGAUGGAAAGAUGGUUGAUGAAAGCACAGUUGUGACACCUAGGGAAGUUACCAGUGAUGAUCUAUUGGUUGUACAUACAGAGAGCUAUUUAGAUAGCCUGAGGGUAAGAAUGAAUAUCUAAACAUAGAGCUUGCAAUGAAUGAUAUGUACCCAUUUAUAGAUAAGUUCACAAGGACAUCUGUGCAACACUUGUGGCCUGGAAGCAUUCACUUGAUAAACAUUUUAUGUAACUUGUAUGAGUUGAUUUAUUUUUCAACUACUGGCUUAGAUUUUUGCUAAAUAAGUGUUUUAAUUUCUGUGUGUGGCUAAGGAAUAUUAAGCUGUAGCACAUUGCUAGUGCUGUUAACUUUUGAUAAAAAAAAAAAUUGUCAGUACAUCUCUUACAGUGGAGUGCCCGUGUUGCUAUGAUAUGUGAAGUGCCUCCCCUUGCUCUUCUGCCAAACUUUAUUGUGCAACGUAAAGUCCUCAGGCCAAUGAGGAUUCAGACUGGAGGAUCAAUACUGGUAAAUUUGGUUGAUAAAUAAACAAUAGCCCCCAUUUGGUGCAAAAAUACACACGGACAUUUGCCCUCAGACAAUGUCUGUUCCAAAUCUGAUGCAAACGGUUUUUAUGAGCAAAGCUCGAGGAAAACUGUGAGCUUUGAGGAACAUGUUAUGUCUAACGACAAAUGUAAAAGCAUAUUAUCGUAUCAAAUUCAAGUAUUUUUGUGAUGCAUGUGAUCACAUACCAUUUGCUGUGUUGGAUGUUUGCUUUACUGUACUCUCUAGUUUGACUUAGCUAAAUGCCCCCCUCAUCUUAUUAAUUUUUAAACAAACCCUUUUAUUGAUUAGAGGUUUGAAAAUAGGGGAAUAUCACUGGGAAUGUAUCCUAGACAGCAGUACUUGCAGGAUAUUCCUUAGUUUUAGCUGGGGCAUAUUGGAUCUCAUGAUGCUUUUAAGCUCAUCGCAUGUGAACGAAAAUAAAUGAUGGACUAUAACUACCAGUAUUUACUGUCACUUUAAAUUGUUUGCAUAGCUGCUAAAACAUAUUUAAUUAAUAUUAUUUUAACAUUUAAAUUCUCUCAAGGUCUAUUAUUUCACAACAUUUCAAAGUAUUGAAUUCUUUUUAUUUUCAUUUAGUGUCAUUCAAAUUGAUUAGACACAUGUAUAUCUCAGUCUAUUUUUAUUCCACCAGGCAGCCAAACUUGCUGUUGAAAGAGGCUGGGCAAUAAAUAUUGGUAUGAUCCUUUUUUAUCUGUGUUUGUCAUCAAUCCCAAAUAACAUGCAGUGACUGUAACAUUUUAUUUUUGAAUAGUUAACAACAUGAUUUCAAGUGUUAAGACUACUUGUUAAUAAUUUACCUGAAAAACGCAUCACAGAAAGGCAAGAUGGACACAAUUUUGGCACCGAGUGCUCUUUGUAAUUUUUACACAUGUUACAUGAAAAAUGUACUUGUUUUCAGCCGAUCAGAUGCACAUGAUUUUUUAAUGUAUAUUAUUAGAUCUGUUAUGAGGAUGUUUGUGUUAAAAUGUAUGUUUGAUUUUUUUUUUUCUAUUUAUCAUAUAUUCAGGGGGUGGAUUCCAUCACUGCUCUGGGUCCAGUGGAGGAGGCUUUUGUGCUUAUGCAGAUAUAACAUUGGCCAUCAAGGUAAUCCAACUGGCUCACAAAUUAUUUAAUUUAUGAUUUAAUAUCUUGUAUAGGAGCUCCAUUAUGAUAUGCCAUUAUUUAAAACUAAGUAAUUGUCUUUUUCUCGAUAUAUAUGCAAAUUUAAUGUUGACAUGAUGUAUCUGAAACUUGAUUGAGUAUAACAUGCAAGUGUGAAUUGUGUAGGAUCAUUAAGAACGUUUAAGGUCACUAAUCUCAAGAUCUAAUUGUUAAUUCUCCCUCCUCACUUCUACACAUUUCCUUGAAAAUAAUUUGUGAGAAUUUGGUGUUAGAUCAAGAUACCAUUUUCUAUCUGGUACAUUUGAGUAUUCUCGUAACCUGUUUGCUGGGGAUAGGGCAUGGGUGCUCUAGGGAGAAGUUAUUUGUUAAUUACUUCUGGGAGUGAAAGGGUUAUAAAUGUGUAUGGUUGAUAUUUAUGUAGAUUUAAUUGUCAGUGGUUGUUUUUCUGUUUGUUUUAGUUUCUUUUCAAGCAUGUGGACAGCAUAAAUAAAGCCAUGAUCAUUGAUCUUGAUGCCCAUCAGGUAUUUUUUUAUCUUAUGGAGAAAAACAGUUCUUAGUUUAUGGAAUUCCUCUAAGUCCAUCAAUUUAAGUAAGAAGUUUGAUAUGUUAUGAUGGUGACGCCUGAGAAAACAGAGGUAAGAAGUGAACUUGUAUUUACUUCCUCAAAGAAUUUGGCAAGGGAGGUCAAGAAGGCUAACUUGCAUGCAUAGAAAAGAAUAAUAAUCGUGCUGCCAAUCAUGGAAGAGUUACAGGGUAUUAUGUUUAUUAUAAUUAGAGGUAUGUUAUAUGCUUCUGGCAAUACCCAUGACCAGUUGUUGAAUUGUUUAUAUCAUUGUUUGUGUCAGGGUAAUGGUCAUGAAGCUGAUUUUGAUGGAGAUGAACAGGUGUAUAUCAUAGAUGUCUAUAAUGCUUACAUUUACCCUGGGGAUACCAAAGUCAAAGGUAAGACACCGUCUAGUUAUUGUACUGAUGAUGUCUGAAAUAAUAAAGGAAUUACUCUGGGUCUACAACCACAAUUAUUCCAAAACAGGAUAUUCCUUUAGAUGUUUAAGUAUCUGAAAAAAAAGAUUCCUUGGGGUUUACUAGUAUCCCAUUCAGGUGGGUGGGGUAGGGAUGUAGGAGUCCUGUUCUCAUAGAAAAUUCAGGUGAAGAUGGGGAUAGAGAGUUUGGUUAAAGAGAAAGCUACUACUGGUAUAUUUUUCAUUACAACAUUGCUAAUAAACUAGCAUACAUUGUAAUCAAAUUCAAUGAUGUUUCUGAGAAUCCAAUUAAUUAAAUAGUGUCUCUGUCUAAUGAUAAUGUGUGCCUGUUAAGGUGCAGCAGAGGGUAUUUUGCUAAGGGCUUAAGCAACUUCUGAUGACCCUAUGCAGAAGCAUGUAUUAAUUGUUGAUUUCAAAUCAUUUUUCCACAGGAGCAAUAAAGAAAAAUUUGGAGCUAAGACAUCACACAGAUGAUGAAACAUACAUUCCAUUAUUAAAGAAGUAAGGGAACCAUUCUUAAUUUAUUCAACUUAUUGGAAAGUAUUUUAGGUCCACUUAAGGUUCCAAUAUGAACAUUUUAAUCUUACAACUUGGGACUGUACUUACAAAACACAACACAAGCAAGGAUUUCUUUCAAAGAAAAAACAGAACCACAAGGUUGCACAGCCCAUAAGGCUAUGCGUGCGUACAUCAGUGCAUCGUGCCUAGUCACACCUAGUCAUGCUUACAGGUUCCAACACUACUUGACUGUACCUCUGCUUCUUAAUUUUUGGCUCAUUUGCCUCCUUGUGAUCAAACAGAUUUAUUUCCUUUUUUCAAGUACAUGUAAUAGUGGAAGUUGUAGAGGUAUGAAAGUCUGGCUUAAUAUGUCUGGAAGUGCACUCUUGUAACAUAUAGAUGAGUUCAUAAACAAUCACACACCUUUAAUCCUUUGUUCAAGGCACAUACCAGAAGCUUUAAAUGAAUUUAAUCCUGAUGUCAUAGCAUAUAAUGCAGGUGAGCUUAAGGCAGCAAUACCUGACCAGGUACUGUUUAAUGUCAACUUGAAUAGACAGGCAAAUAUAUAAAAAUAUAUGUUAAAUCAUGUUAAUUCAGUUUUUGAACAAUCCAAUUUUAACAAGAAAAAAAGUGAAGGGUUGGUUUUUAAUGUUAUCAGUAAGAAUUAGAUUGAGGCUAAGCUAUGCAAAAAUUAUUCUGGGCUCAUUUGGAGUUUAAUUUUCUUCUGAAUUUUGUGUGGGACCAACUUAACUUUAUUGUUGAUUUCUUUUUACCUUUGGACUGGACCAUGCUGGGAAAUGGGGUGGGGUGAGGGAAUCGGGGGGUGCUGGUGGCCUUUUAGGAACACAAAAGAAAAACCAAUGGUUAAAAAAAGUAUAUUUCAUUUUUAAACUUUUUUUGAAAUUCUUUAAAAACAUGUUAAUGUACAUUCUAUCUUCUGCAGGGACAGAUAUUCUUAUUGGGGACCCUCUUGGUAACUUGGCAAUAACACCUCAGGUAUGUGAAAGUUGAAUUUGAAGAUGUUCUGUUGAAUGGAACAGUCAGAAUUAAUGGUAACAAUGGAUCAAUAUAUACAUGUUGUGCGUUGUUACAUGUAUCAGAGUGGGAACAAAUAUCUCUUGGUGUAUUUUUCUUAUUAGAAAUUUUGGUAAGCAUUUUCUAAUUUUUAAAAUUUGUAUGAUUAAUCAACUCUUAAAAAUUUUCAGUGUUACUGCACACCAAAAUGUCUAAUGAGUUAUUUAAUAUCCAACUUCUUCAUUCUUUGCACAUUUCUUUUAAGUUGGGAUUAGCAAGGCAGAGAGAAAGCUAGCACUUUGAGCCAACCUAUUGUACAGGUUUUUUUUACAGUUAAAAAAUAACCAUUUUAUUAUAAUCCAACUUUGUGCAGUUGCAUGGACAAUAAAACGUUUUCUCAAUAUGAUGAUCCAAAACAGUUCUUAUAUUGUUCUUUAUUAGUGGGUGAAGUAGGAAGCAAAACCCUUGCUGUUAGCUCCUGAGUUAUACAAAGCUGAUACAAUGUAAGUGAUAAACAUUUCAUGUAGAAAAUUUAGAAAACAACUAUUUUCACCUUGUAGGGAAUCAUUGAGAGAGAUCAAAUUGUUUUUCAAGAAGCGCGGAAGAGAGACAUUCCAAUCUUUAUGUUGACCUCUGGAGGAUAUCAGGCAAGUCAUGAAAUAAAUAACUACUUGAAAUUGAAAAUAUUAGGGUUAAAGUAGCUUUUUAACUAAGACUCUGCUUUCUCAGUAAUUAAUUGUGUUUUGUUAGUCAAGGAAAUUUGAAGAAUUUAAAUUGAAGCUAGCAUUUUGAAAGAGGGCAGCAAAAACUAUUCGAAACCUUAACAGUUGAACUUAAAAAAAAUUUGCUCUUGUAUAGAAUUUAAAAGUAAUUAUUUUUGUCCUCAAUUUUGUUGUUUGAUUAAGGUUGGUCAAAAGAAAAGUACUGCAAAAUGACUAAUAACAAUGAUCAUGUGGUCUUUUUGUUGCAGAGGAGAACUGCAAGAAUUAUUGCAGACUCUAUCCUAAACCUAAAGGAACAGGGCCUUAUAAGCUGCAAUUAUUCUGAGUCGGGUAUGUUUCUCACAGUAAAAUGCAAGUUAUGAAUUUGUCAUCUCUUUCACUCCCAAGAUUUAAAUAUUAAUUUUCUAUACAGUGUAAUGUGCUUCUUACAAUUAUAGCUUCCAUAAAUUGUUAUUAAAUAAAGCAAUUGACCCCAGUCGAUAUAACCCUUACUGGUAUUUGUGACCACUUUUCUGUAUGAAAAUGUAUUAAUAUUGUAAAGGGAAAUUCAUUAAAAUGUUAUUGACCCAAAAAUGGCACUUGCAGGAUCACAGAUCACAGUUAGCUCAGCCUCUAAGUUGGACUUAUUAAAUAGAUUUUGAACAGUAACUCUGAUAUUCAUUCAAAAAUUUAAUUGUUACCUUUAGUUAGUGUAAAAGGCAGACUUGAUUCUCAGUUGAGAGUAUUGAUAUAAGAUCACCAAAGUACAGUGUAUUACCUUAAGGGUUCUAUUUUUGUUGUAUGCUCAGGCAAGCAUCUGAAAUUUCAACCUUUAACCCUUUACACCAUAAGGUCAGGAUGCAUAUUCUCCAUACUGUUCUCAGUAAAUUUUUUAAGGCAUUGACCAGGAGAAUUUGGCGAACAAUCAAGAGUUUCCCUAGUUGGUGAUCAUAUCUUUUAUUCUCACAACCUUUAUGUGUGAUUCAAGGGUGAUAUUGUAAGGAGAAAUAAGAUGCUGGUCACUCUUAGGGGUUAAAGGUUAACAGCUAUUUCCAGUUUGGGCUCUUACAAUCUCAUGGGCAAAGAGGCACUUGAUAUAAACUUAAAAUAAAAUAGUUUUGAUACCAAAGAUCUUAUUUUAUUUCUCCUAAGGGCCAAGGGUCAACAAAAACAAGAGUGACAGUCGAACAACCUACAAUACUUUCCAGAAUGAUCUGUAAUUGGGAAUUACAAGUUCACGUUCCACAAAUUAUUAAGUGAACAUAUAGUGAAGUGUUACUUCUGCUGAAGUAUUAGCUUGUAAAAUUGAACAUGAUGGAACUUCAACAUUAACCUACAUUUUAAGUUAACAACUGAAGUUUUGGUGGAUAUUAACGAUGAAACAAUCAACUUGAGAAACCUGAGAAAUUUUGGCAGACCUUAGACUUGAUAUUGAAAUUUAUUAAAUUUAUUAUUGUAUCAUGAUCUCAGUUAGUGUUUGCACUAUGAUUAGUCAAUUUAGUAGGCCAUAUUGUAUUGUAUGGCCUCAAUGCUAAAUUCAAAAGGUUGUUUGAAAUGAAAUAUUUCCCCUCCAUUUGAAUCCAGAGAAAUGAAUGAUAAAUAUCUUGCUAU